GCUUCACGUCGCAGUUAAGAUGUUGGACAUAUUUCGCGGUCUCAAGAGUCUGAUCAAAGUCUCGCAUAUCCACAUUGAUACCGCAGUUUUCAGAUUGCAUUACAGCCUAACUGUGAUACUCCUGAUAGCGUUUUCCCUAAUUGUGACAACGAGACAAUAUGUCGGCAAUCCUAUCGACUGUAUCCACAGCAAAGAUUUGCCGGAGGAUGUGCUCAACACAUAUUGUUGGAUCCACAGCACUUAUACGAUCGCGGGUGCUUACAAAAAGAAAGAAGGGGUGGAGGUGCCCUUUCCUGGGAUCGACAACUCGAGGCUUUAUCCGGCGAGCGAGAGGAAGGAGUAUAGGUACUACCAGUGGGUCUGCUUCAUGCUGUUCUUGCAGUUGCAUCAAAUUACCGAGGAUACUUUAAUUUUUCGACUACAUUAUCGAGCAACAGUCGCCUUCCUACUUGCAGGAUGUCUAACCUUGGUCUGCAAGAGCAUCUCCGGUUCACCGAUACACUGCGAGUCUGCAGGCUCUGUGGACAAGGUUGUUCUUGAGACCUUUUGUUGGUUACAUACAACCUACAGCAUGGUGCACGCAUUCAACUUAAGCCUUGGUCAAGCUAUUCCUUAUCCUGGUAUUUCUAACAGUGGAGUGUCCAAAACGGAAGUGCAUGGUCAUGGACCACAUCCUUUAGUUAAACAGCACAAGUACUAUCAGUGGGUCAUCUUUGUUCUACUGUUACAAGCGAUACUUUUCUAUACGCCGCGAUGGCUCUGGAAGGGUUGGGAGGGCGGCAAGAUUCACGCUCUUAUGAUGGACCUCGACAUCGGACUCUGUUCCGAGGGGGAGAAGAAGGCGAAGAAGAAGAUGCUCUUGGACUAUCUUUGGGAGAAUCUCCGCUACCACAAUUGGUGGGCGUACAGAUACUACCUCUGCGAGCUUCUCGCCCUGCUCAACGUAAUCGGCCAGAUGUUCCUGAUGAAUCGUUUCUUCGAUGGUGCCUUCCUCACCUUCGGGAUCGACGUUCUGAGGUUUCUCGAGUCCGACCAGGAGGACCGGAUCGAUCCGAUGAUCUACGUCUUCCCCAGGAUGACCAAGUGCACCUUCUACAAGUAUGGUGUCAGCGGUGAGGUGGAGAGACAUGAUGCCGUCUGCAUAUUGCCGCUCAACGUCGUCAAUGAGAAGAUCUACGUCUUCCUCUGGUUCUGGUUCCUUUUUCUCGGCAUUCUCAGUCUAAUGACCGUCAUUUAUAGGGUGAUCAUAAUAUUUUCGCCUCGAACUCGGGUGUAUCUUCUGCGGCUGAGGUUUCGCCUGGUACGACGAGAUGCCGUGGAGACGAUCGUUCGUCGUAGCAAGGUAGGAGAUUGGUUCCUCCUCUACAUGCUCGGUGAAAAUUUGGACACCGUCAUAUACAGGGACGUGAUGCACGAGUUGGCGAACAAGCUCGCCUCGAGGCAUCAUCACAGCGUACCGGGAGUCAAGGGCGAGCUUCAAGAAGCCUGAUCGAGACUCUUCUUAUCUUGGCUGCAUCGUCAACGACUCUCGCCGGGGAGCCUAGAACUCAAGGACACAAGAAUUAGAGGAUCCUUGUGUACAGAGUCAACAGCUGUUGGUUGUUGGAAUUCUCGUAGAGUUCCUUGCCAAUGAAACCAAAGGAACAAAACCAAAGGAAUGGUACCGGAGGAAUGUGUACGAUGGAACGAAACCAAAGGAACGUUGAUCAAAGGGAAGAGUCCCGAUUCCGGACCAAUCGCGGACCGCCCUUUCCUAGUUCGAAUUGAAAAAGACGACUUUUUUAUGUGCGAAGCAGUGCGACCAGCGACCGAUCGAAUCGACGCGCAAGGUAGAAACAAAUAGCAGAAAGUAUUAAAAAAAAGAAGAAAAAAAAAAUUAAGUUCUCUAAUCCUGAGAGCAAAAGCUCAUUGCCUUCCCCCAUUUGCAAAUUCCGACGUCGUACAGUACUGCCGUCCAAUCGAGAAAAGUCGUAACUACAUUUCGAAUGAGUCCCCUGUCAUCCCAACUUCAAAUUCAUGAUCUUUACUAUUUAAAAUUACAUUUUAGUUUGCUAAUGCUUCGAAUUUAAAAAAAUAUCUAUUCCCUUAAUUAGUGUUUUGAAAGGGUAAUUGCAUGAAACUCAUUUAUAUUUUUUUCUAAACUUAGCCCUGCUAGAAGUAAAAAGAGAAAUAUCCCAUCUUUUUAAUAAUUUUGAAUCUUUAUGAUAGAAAAAUAUAGAGAAAAUGUAACUCAUUCUAUCACUUUGUCGAUCUGAAUUCUUGUCUAUCUUUCUUAAUACCGUCUUUUCUAUCACAUCCUAUCCUUUAUCUAUUCACGUCGAUCUAUUUCUAUCUCUCUGUCAUUCUAAAUUGCAUAUAUCUUAUUUCAUCUUUUCUACUGUCUCUCAUAAUAUCCUACAUUUAUGAGCGCUUUUCUUUUUCAAUCCCUUUGUCAAUCUAAAUUCACAUAUAUGCUUUUCCAUUCCCUCUUCUCUAUCUCAACCUGUACUUGAUCUAUUUACGACAAACCCUUCUAUCUCUUUUUAUAUAUAAAUUU